AUAUGUAAAAUUUCAGCUAUAAAUGGUAAUGGCUGCUGACGACGGUCUCUUAUACUUUGUCGAGCAGUUGAGUAAUACAUACAUUUUCCACUCUGAUAGUCUUCCUGUUUCUGUUGGUUUCAACUUCACUUAUUUUUAUCGCUAUCCAAAUUUCCGAUCAUGUCAAUCCGAACAGUAGGCGUGCUUGGCACCGGGGUGAUUGGAGCAUCUUGGACCGGUUUAUUUUUGGCCCAUGGCUUGAAGGUUAUAGUGUCAGACCCCGCGCCGGGUGCCGAACGACAGCUUUCAGAUUACCUUCACAGCAUCUGGCCCACUCUGGAAAAGCAGAAGAGGUCUUCUCACGCGGCACUGACCAACUAUCGCUUUGUGGGAGCCAGUUUCAAAGAUCACUUUGCUGAUGUCGACUUUGUCCAAGAGAAUGCGCCAGAACGACCCGAGCUGAAGACUAAGCUUUUUGCAGAACUUGAUGCUGCGACCCGUCCAGACGUGAUAAUUGCCUCUUCUUCGUCUGGAAUACCGAGUUCUCAUUUCAUAUCACAAUGUGCAGUCAAUCCUACGCGUGUGCUUAUCGGGCAUCCUUUUAACCCGCCACAUUUAAUGCCUCUUGUCGAAGUGGUCCCUCAUCCCACAACAGCAACUUCGGUCACAGAGGCGGCAAAGUCAUUCUAUAAAUCGCUAGGUCGAACUCCGGUGCAUAUUCGCCAAGAGCUACCGGGGUUUGCGGCCAACCGUCUCCAGAUAGCGGUUCUCAAUGAAGCUUACAGCCUUGUGAGCCGUGGUAUUAUCUCUGCCGAAGAUCUAGAUACAUGUGUUACCAAUAGCCUUGGGCCGCGAUGGGCUGCCACUGGUCCCCUUCUAUCCAACACAAUGGGAGGCGGAGGCGGAAUCGACGGCUUCAAGCAUGCUUUGGAACACUUCGGCCCUGCGUAUCGAGUUUGGCUGGAUGAUAUGAAAGCUCAUGCGUUCACAUGGACGCCUGAGAACGUUGAUGCGCUAAGCUCUAGUGUCGCUGAAGAGCUACGUGGAAAAGAUGCCAAGGACUUGGAACGAAAGCGGGAUGAUAUGCUUGUUAAAAUCCUCAGUCUAAGGGAGUAAAUAAAUGGCCAGCAUUUUGCUUUUAUGUUUAAGUUUUUCAGGAUUUCGACGGCAGAUUACUUUAAAGUGAAUAAUUGUUAAAAUUGCCUUGAGCC